CCUCAGUUCAGCGUGGUGUCCUCUCAGCCUCCCUCUGCCUCACCUCCUCAGUCCAGAGGGUCUUCACAUCCCACUCAUCCCUGAGCACCUCUGAACGAGCACGGAGAGGAUCAGCCUUUUGCCUUCACACCAGAAUGCCUUUCGGAGGAGGAAACAAAUGCGGCUGCUGCCAGAAAACCGUCUACUUUGCUGAGGAAGUGCAGUGUGAGGGGAAGAGCUGGCAUAAAUCCUGCUUUCUGUGCAUGGUGUGUAAGAAGAACUUGGACAGCACAACAGUAGCCGUUCAUGUAGAUGAGAUCUACUGUAAAUCAUGCUACGGCAAGAAAUAUGGGCCAAAAGGCUACGGCUUUGGAGGUGGAGCUGGCACUCUGAGUAUGGACACAGGAGAAGGACUGGGGAUAAAGCCUGAAGUACAAGCUCCUCAUCGACCUACCACUAACCCAAACGCCUCAAAGUUUGCCCAGAAAGCAGGGGCCUCAGAAGUGUGUCCUCGAUGUGGGAAAACGGUGUACGCAGCAGAGAAAGUCAUCGGAGGAGGCAAUUCCUGGCAUAAAAGCUGUUUCCGCUGUGCCAAGUGUGGUAAAGGACUCGAGUCCACGACCCUCGCCGAUAGAGACGGAGAAAUCUUCUGUAAAGCCUGCUAUGCAAAGAACUUUGGUCCCAAGGGUUUCGGCUUCGGUCAGGGUGCAGGAGCUCUGGCUCAUUCCCAGUAAAGCCUCAAGGCUCAGCUCACCUGAGUCUGACAUCUGCGCUCUGAUAUCGCCGCCUCCGGGAUCCUUCAGUCGAUAUCUCGCCGUUUUCACGCUGCCCUUUCACUCCAGCUGAAGGCAAAGAGGAAUGAAAGACGCACACAGCUUCCUAUACGAGUUCACCGAGUAGAUUUUUGCUCUGAGUGUUGUGUUUGAAUCUGGAUUGUGAUGUCUUGCUUAAUGACUGGUUAUAAAACAAGAUGCUGAAUAUAUAACGCACUGAAAUCUAAGUUUGGAUGAGAGCAUUGUGAGUGGUUAGCAGCAGGCUGGCUCUGUACUUAAAAAAUAAACUGCUGUUACAAGAAGAAGAGUGCACUCCUAACAGAUCUGACAACUGUUGACUUUUAUCUUAAUCCGUCUCUGUCUGAGCAAGAAAAAAAUCAAAUCCACAUUUUUAAGACUGACAGCUGAGAGUUAACAGUCUAACAUCAUCCUUCAGUAACACUCAAGAUAAAGCCUCUCUCUCUGCCUUACAUGUCAUGUGCUGUUCAAAAUGUUUUAGAUAUGCAAUAUUGCCUACACAUACAAAAUAAAAAUCAGGCAAAACUAAGACGAAACAGUGAAUUAUCUUUCUUCUUUGUCCUUCGAUGCUUAAUUUUGCGAGCUUCACACGCCUCUUUGUUCUCUCUGUGACUCUGGUCUGAUGAAAUCAGUGUUUAUGUCUUCAUGUGGGUGUGUUGUUAUUCCUUCUAAUCAUCAUCAAACAAAGUAAAAUGCCUGCUUUUGUGGAGAACAACGGAGUCACAGUGCUCAGCCCCGUCGCUGCCUGAACCGAGGAGCUGGCACCCGGACUGGAGAGCCAGGCAGCUGUGGCGGCGGUGGUGGUGGUUGAGGGUGCAGCUGUUUGUUUUGGCAUGGACUGCAACAAAUGUGAGUCACAUCAACGGCAAAACUAGGGCCGAAAUCCAUGAAGGUAUUAAAGUAUUACACCGGGAUCUCAUCUAAAGCCUUCUUGUGUUUGGAUUAAUAGAAAGUAAAGCGUUUCAUCUCUCACCUUUCACAUUGUUAACGUGGAUUUGUUCAGUGUACAUGCUAAACGUCCCGCUGAGAGCGUGAAAAUGGCAUGGCUGUAUUUAAAUAUCAUUCUGCCUUUGAGCCAGCAGAGGGCAGCAGAGAGACCUGAUCUGACAUCAAGUCAAAGGGUGAAAUGCCUGUUUUCUAAUGUUUGAAUAAAAAGAGAAUACUCAUCAUCAA